AUGAACAACGAUCCACCCCUAUCCCCAAGUAGAGAACUAUACUCCCCUAUCAAGUACCCAUUACCACCCUCGCCUUCACCAUGGCGUCGAGCCCUAUCUCUCGUCGCCGUGCCUUCCAUCCAUCGUACAACCUCUGCAUUCGGAAGUCGAAGGGAUAAAGAUAAGGAGAAACGAAGACAAUCAUUGUUUCUCAAUGGACCUGGUACAAGCAACCACGAUGGGAAUUUGACAGAUGGUGAAGACGUCCGAAUCAGAAAGCCUACAAAUACUCCUAUUCCAGGUCCUCCAGAAACUGUUGACCCUUUUCCUGAAGAUCAUUCAAUAUCAUAUGAUCGAUCUACGCCCCAGCUUCAACACAAACCGACGAGAUCGAUGAGUUUGCCAGUCUCAAGUGGUGAAACGGAUUUAUCAAUGAUCAACCAUUAUCCAAAUUCAUCAAUUACCAGUUUGGAUCAAUCGGUUGAUACUUCUGUUCCUCAUGCUGAGUUCUUCUCCGCAUAUGAUGAGACUCCGACAGGUAUAUCUCAAUCCCAAUCGCAGUCGAGAUUGGGAUCAGGAUCAGAAUUAGAAUCACACUCGCCGUCGACGAAUUCUAUCCCUUCCGUCGUGCAGGAAUCACAUACCGACCAACAGCAAGUACAUGAAUGA